CUUUGUUCGUAGGCUAGUAGAAGGCUAGUAAAAAAGACUUCUGUCCUACAUGUUUUCAAUUCAAUGAACCGUGAAUUGUAUAAUGUCCGAGAAUGUCCAUUUCUGGAACUCUGAGCAACUAUUAUGUGGACUCUAUAAUAAGUCACGAGAGCGAAGAUCCGACUUCAGUCAGGUUUUCCAAUGUACAGUAUUCGAACUCCAGGCAACCGGGGGGACAUGGCGAGCAUCCCGAAUUCCCCUCUUGUAGCUUCCAGCCUAAACCUCCCGUUUUUAGCUCGUCCUGGAGCCCGUUCAGCCCCCAUGCCUCCAAUGGCUUACCAGCGGUUUACCAUCCAUACAUCCCGACUCAGCCCGUGCCUUCCACGGACACCCGAUACAUACGCACUUGGCUCGACUGCGCUCCGCGCUCGGAGUCCCUCCCCGGGCAGGGGCAGGUCAAGAUGGAGCCGCUACUGGGACACCUCGGGGAACCCCCCAAAAUCGGUGGACACGAGUACAUUUUGGAAUCCUCUUCGGCAAGAGAGAUGAAUUCCAGCCAGGGCUCCGGAUUCGAGGACAAUAAGGAUAUCUGUGAAGGUACCGAAGACAAAGAAGGGCCAGAUCAAAAUGACCCCUCUGCCAACUGGUUGCAUGCCCGGUCUUCCCGGAAGAAGCGGUGCCCUUACACGAAAUACCAAACCCUCGAGCUCGAGAAAGAGUUCCUCUUCAACAUGUACCUCACCCGGGACAGAAGGCACGAGGUAGCGCGCUCCCUGAACUUGACCGAGAGACAAGUCAAAAUAUGGUUCCAAAACCGACGGAUGAAAAUGAAGAAAAUGAAUAAGGAUCAACCCAAGGAUUAAGAAAAAAGGGGAGUGCUAUUAAAAACACCACCAUUACAAAGAGUCUGCUUUCUCGUUACUUUUCCCUUAAAUAGGCAUACAUGGACUGUAAUGGGUAAAGUGGGGGUGCAGGAAGCUUGUUUUUAUUAUUUUCCAUAUCGAUGUGAAAUACCCUCUGACAUUAUAGAAGCGCAGACCAAUAGAGAAACCCCUUAUGGUACAUUGUAGCUCAGUUGGUAUAGCAUGGCGCUUGUGACGCCAGGGUAGUUGGUUUGUUUCCCGGGAUCACCCGUACGUAAAAUGUAUGCACGCAUGACUGUAAGUCGCUAUGGAUAAAAGCGUCUGCUAAAUGCCAUAUAUUAUACUAUACAGUAGAAAGGAGGGUGGAUUCACGC